CUUAGAUGAGAGGAAAUAGACAAGGGGUAAAAAGAAAGAGCAAUUCUUUUCCUUUCCAUGGUGUGUACACAUCCAAAUUAAAGUGCUUUUCUGUAGAAAACAUCCUAGGCUAUAUCUAAAAGUCCAGCCGCCACAUGAUUACAUCAGUUUGCUCAAGACUUAACGACUUACAUUAAUGUUUCUGUGAAAUACUAGCUCUGCUGCGCUCUAAGUAUAAAUUCCCCAUAUUUUCAGCCAUGCAUAAUGCAUUGUCACAACGAGUAAAUUUUCAGCCACCCACGAGCACUGUAAAACCUUUCCUCAAUUCAUGGAUUACACAGCCAUCACCCAAUUUCUAUUCUACCCUCCUCUCCUCUUCCUUCUGUAUCUAAUCUCUAACCACUUCCACCGGAAAUUCAAGAACUACCCGCCGGCCCCGUUCCUCACCCUCCCCGUCGUCGGCCAUCUGAUAUACCUUUUGAAUAAGCAUCCCCACAAAACCUUAACGCAUAUCUCCAAGCGCUGCGGCCCAGUCGUCCUACUCAAGUUCGGCUCCCGGAAAGUCCUCUUGGUCUCCUCUCCGUCCGCGGUGGAAGAAUGUCUGUCGAGGAACGACGUCGUUUUCGCGAAUCGCCCCCGUCUCCUGCCCGGAAAGCAUAUAGAGUACGACUACACCUCCCUAGCCGCGACGCCCUACGGCGACCACUGGCGCAAUCUCCGCAAAAUCGUCGCCACCGAAAUCCUGUCCGGUAAUCGCCUCCAGGCGCUCCAACAGAUUCGCGCCGAUGAGGUGAAAUCAAUGAUUCGGAAGCUGGAUUCGUCUUCGAAAGCGGAGUCGCCGGCAGACAUGAAGACUGUGUUAUUCGAGUUGAUGCUGAACCUGAUGUUGAGGAUGAUCGCCGGAAAAAGUUAUUACGGCGACGACGAGGAAGUGCAUGUCAAGGCGGCGGCUCGGUUCAGGGAGAUUGUGAGGGAGAUUUUCCUCCUCAGUGGGGCCACCAACGUCGGAGAUUAUGUGCCUUCUUUGAGUAGGCUGUCCGUGAAAUUGGAGGAGAGUUUGCGGCAGUUACAGCUCAAGAGAGAUGCUUACUUGUAUACGAAAAUAGAAUUUUGGGAAAUAAUGGCUUGCACUCUUGGGUGCCUUAGCCUUGUAUUUAUAAUAAAACAGAGUUAUGGAGAAUUACAAAGUAAUCCCUAAAUAUUACAUUAUUACACCCCCUCAAUUUGUGCAGGGGAAAUCACGUG